UGCAACUUGUUUUGAUGUAUACUUCUCACUUCACAGAGUUGAGAUCAGAUGCUGUUGGUGUUGUGCUUUAUGAAGCAUAAUUUGUACUCUCCCACCCCCCAACUCCAAUCAAACACAACCAGAUAGAAAGAGCAAAAAACCAGAAACAAUUAUAAUAGCUUCUGCAUCACAGACACAGUUCUCACUCCUUAGAUCUUACGCACACAUACACUUCCCACUAUGUGUGUGCUUGUGUGAUUGAGAUCUUCCAAGUUUCUUCCCUCACAGAGAUGGGCCUCUUAAAUCUUCCGUCUUCCAAGCACCGCCACACGCGUCAGUGGCGUCUCUUGGAUAUUGUCACUGCCGCCUUCUUCGGAGCAGUUCUCCUCUUCUUCCUUUUAGUAUUCACCCCAUUAGGAGACUCCUUAGCCGCCUCCGGACGCCGCACGCUGCUGCGUACGGAUCCGCGCCUGCGUGAGAGGUUGGUGGCGUUGGUCGAGUUCGGACGCCAGACCGCGGCUAUUGAUGCUUGCCCCGUUGAUAUGGUGGAUCACAUGCCUUGUGAGGAUCCCAGGAUUAAUAGUCAGCUUAGCAGGGAGAUGAAUUAUUACAGGGAGAGGCAUUGCCCCCGCCCGGAGGAGACGCCACUUUGUUUGAUCCCACCGCCGGAGGGGUACCGGGUUCCCGUACAGUGGCCGGACAGUUUGCAUAAGAUAUGGCAUGAUAACAUGCCUUACAAUAAAAUAGCAGAUAGGAAAGGCCACCAGGGAUGGAUGAAAAGGGAGGGUCCAUAUUUCAUAUUUCCAGGUGGUGGCACAAUGUUCCCUGAUGGAGCAGUACAAUACAUAGAAAAACUCAAACAGUAUAUCCCUAUCGCUGGUGGAACUUUGAGGACAGCUCUUGAUAUGGGAUGCGGGGUUGCUAGUUUUGGCGGAUACAUGCUUGGUGAAGGCAUUUUAACUCUUUCUUUUGCUCCAAGAGAUUCACAUAAAGCACAAAUACAGUUUGCUUUGGAGAGGGGAAUACCAGCAUUUGUUGCCAUGCUUGGCACACUUAGACUUCCCUUUCCUGGCUUUUCUUUUGAUUUGCUGCACUGUUCUCGAUGUUUGAUUCCCUUCACUGCAUACAAUGCCACUUAUUUUCUUGAAGUUGAUCGGUUACUUCGCCCAGGAGGCUACCUAGUCAUAUCUGGACCUCCUGUACAGUGGCCUAAACAAGACAAGGAAUGGGCCGAUCUGCAGGCAGUAGCCAGAUCAUUGUGUUAUGAGCUCAUUGUUGUGGAUGGGAACACAGUCAUCUGGAAAAAGCCUAAUGGGGAUUCAUGUCUUCCCAAUCAAAAUGAGUUUGGACUUGACUUGUGUAAUGAAUCGGAUGACCCAAGUUUUGCAUGGUAUAUCAAGUUGAAGAAAUGUGUUAGCAGGACAUCUUCUGUUAAGGGAGAAUAUGCUAUUGGGACAAUUCCAAAAUGGCCAGAGAGAUUGAGUGAAGCUCCUUCAAGGGCCAGCAUAAUAAAAAAUGGAAUUGACGUGUUUGAAGCUGACAACCGAAGAUGGGCAAGGAGGGUCGCUUACUACAAGAAUUCCUUAAAUAUAAAAUUGGGAACUCCAUCAAUACGAAAUGUGAUGGACAUGAAUGCAUUCUUUGGAGGUUUUGCAGCAGCAAUAAUAUCUGAUCCUGUUUGGGUGAUGAACGUUGUACCUGCUUGCAAACCUUCAACUCUUGACGUCAUUUUUGACCGGGGACUUAUAGGAGUUUACCAUGAUUGGUGUGAGCCUUUCUCUACCUAUCCUCGUACUUAUGAUCUAAUUCAUGUAGCUGCUGUGGAGUCUCUUAUUAAGGAUCCCAGCUCUGGAAAGAGCAGGUGUAAUAUUGUAGAUUUGAUGGUGGAAAUUGAUAGAAUGCUGCGUCCUGAAGGCACAGCUGUCAUUCGAGAUUCACCUGAAGUGAUUGACAAGAUAGACCGAAUUUCUCGUGCCAUUAGAUGGAGGACUUCUGUACACGAUAAAGAACCUGAAUCACAUGGAAGGGAGAAAAUUCUGGUAGCAAGAAAGAACUUUUGGAAGCUACCUUCUGCAUCUCACUGAAAGAACUCUAAAUGUAGGUAUUCUUCUAUAUCCCUUGGUUCUAUAUACACUCAAGCGGUGGUCCUGCAAAUUGCAUCCUCUGGUGCUCACACAUAUAUUACUUAAAGUCAUUGCCAUGCUAGAUGAAGGAAAAUGUAAAAAACUGUAACAACUGUUUACAUUAGGAUGUCUGUAAACAUGGCUCUAUUGGAAUUUCAGUCUUCUGCCUACUUCUCCUGUAACCGCAAUUUUUCUUAGUCUAAAUUUUGUAGGCAUAUUAGACAGCUAUUGAUGUAUUGUGAUCAAAGUUUAAGAUACUUUUGCAGCGAUAUCGUGUUCAAGUGAGUUGUUUAUAUGUACCUAACUUGAUGCAUUGAGUGAAA